UUCUUAUUUAUUUUCUCUUCAAUUUUGGUGAAGGUUGCGGCCUACAAAGCAACACUCUUUUCUCAAUUGACAGGAGAGAGUAAGAAAAUACUGGAGCUUGGCGUUGGCACUGGUCCUAAUUUUAAAUACUAUGCAAGUGCAGCAGAUAUUAAUGUCAUUGGAGUGGACCCUAAUAAAAAGAUGGAGAAAUAUGCUCAGGCAGCAGCUGUAGCAGCCGGGCUACCAUUAUCAAAUUUUAGUUUUAUGCGAGGGGUUGGGGAAGUUUUACCUGUAGGAGAUGAUACCAUGGAUGCAGUGAUUGGUACUCUGGUUUUGUGUUCUACCAAAGACAUUGACAUGGCACUUAGAGAGGUUAAAAGGGUGUUAAAACCAGGCGGUCUUUACUUAUUCAUUGAGCAUGUGGCUGCGCGUGAUGGCUCUCUCCUCCGAUUCGUGCAGAGCAUUCUUGAUCCACUCCAGCAGUUCGUUUCAGAUGGGUGUCACCUGACUAGGGAAACAGGGAAGCUAAUUUCGGAAACUGGAUUCUCUAGUGUGGACCUCAACACUGCAUUCCUCUCAUCUGCCGCCGUUUUAGGUCCCCAUGUUUAUGGAACAGCUCGUAAAUAGCAUGUCCUUAGUUAUCGCUCUCGUUUUUGGUCGCUUGUAAUGUAUUCUUAUUACUCCUACUCGUGUCGAAGAAGAUCCAGCAAUGCCUCUUAAAUGACCACUUUUUUUCCGGUGGAAAGUGGACCCAGUUCUCAUCGCAGAAGAGUCAUCUACCUGUACUUUUUUUUUCCGAAGAUAAUGUACUAGGUGAUAAGGGAUCAAACUAUUAGUGCCCUUUUGGGCAUGUGUGCAUGGGCACAUUCACCAACUGGUUUAGAGUUUUGAAUGUAUCAUUCAAUAAUUGAAUUCAGAAUCUCUUGUUGCUGAGCAGAGA